CAGGCUGCGCGAGGAGACACGGGGAGACGGUGCUGCUGCCGCCUCACCACCAGCCUCUGUUACACAAUGUCCAAACCCAAGUUUCAGACGGAGUGGGAGGAAAUUGACGAGGAAUACCAACAAUUACAGGAAACCCAUAAAAUAUACAGACAGAAGCUGGAGGAGCUGACCAACCUUCAGACGACGUGCAGCAGCGCCAUCAGUAAACAGAGGAAAUGCCUAAAAGACUUAAGAUACAGCUUGAACAAGUGUGCAAAAUCAUGUGACGAAAAAGAACUGGAACUAAUAGCGGACAUCAAAACGCAAAUCAAAGAUAAAGAGAAUGUUUUCUUUGACAUGGAAGCAUAUUUGCCAAAGAGGAAUGGACUGUACUUGAAUCUGGUCCUGGGAAAUGUGAACGUAACACUACUCAGCAAUCAGGCAAAAUUUGCGUACAAAGACGAGUACGAGAAGUUCAAGCUUUAUAUGACGAUAAUCCUGAUGCUGGGAGCAAUAACCUGCCUCUUCGCCCUCAACUGUCGCGUGACAGAUGAAAUCUUUAACUUUCUGCUGGUGUGGUACUACUGUACGUUAACCAUAAGGGAAAGCAUCCUCAUGAGCAACGGCUCCAGGAUCAAAGGUUGGUGGGUGUCCCACCAUUAUGUGUCCACCUUUCUGUCUGGCGUCAUGCUUACCUGGCCAGAAGGACCCAUGUAUCAGAAGUUCAGAAGCCAGUUUCUUGCCUUUUCCAUCUAUCAGAGCUUUGUUCAGUUCCUCCAGUAUUACUAUCAGAGCGGCUGCUUAUACCGGCUGCGCGCUUUGGGAGAGAGGAAUCAGCUGGACCUCACAGUGGAAGGAUUUCAGUCGUGGAUGUGGAGAGGACUCACUUUUCUUUUACCUUUCCUCUUUUUUGGUCACUUUUGGCAACUGUACAACUCGGUGACCCUGUUUCGCCUGGCAGGGCAUGACGACUGUAAGGAGUGGCAGGUGUUCAUGCUGGCGCUGACAUUUCUCGUCCUCUUCCUGGGGAACUUCCUCACCACGCUGAAAGUCGUUCACCAAAAAAUCCAGAAAAACCAGGACAAGGUGCAGAAAAGUGACUGAGGGCGACGCCCCGGACCGCCCGGCCUGCCAGUAACCCUGAAACGCAAACGCGUACAAUCGCUUGAUAGACUGACCGUAGUGUGAGCGGGCCGACGGAGGAGGGGAAGCCCGCCGUUCCUCCCCCGGCUUCAGUGACGGCGGCAGCCCGAGCGCUCGGCCAUCACGCUUCCACUCUUAACGACUCGCCGCUGUCCUGCCGCUCGGUCGGAGGGGAACCAAAGCAGCGUUCGUCUCCUAAUACUGUACAUAAGACUCGUGGAAUGAAUGUGUCUGUGUCCGUGUGAGAUCCGUCUGCCUCUCGUUUGAAUCAUAUGCAACGGAAAGGACAGGCGGCGCCCACGAGCUGAACCAAGGGUAACCUGCCUAUUCAAAGACCGGACGCCCGCCGUAUUGGAAGCUAUGGUCAAAAGGAAAAUCAACAUUUAAUGCAGCACUUUUUUGUUUAGUCAUCAAUUUCCUGUUGCACAGUUUCACAACUCACCUACAGUAUUUCCUCUAGACGUUUGGCCUUAUUGAUCACUGGUGGUCCCGUUCUUCACUAGUCUUCAAGUCAUACGGACACCCAGUACCGUUCCCCGGGCCCUUUAUCGGUCUGAAGUCGGUGGCAGCUUUUUUUCUUUUUUUUCUUUUUCUUUUUUUUUUAUUUAAACCAGUUUUCCUCGCUUUGGAAACACUACAAGGGAUUGAAAGUUACAAAAUCCAUCCGUUUUUAAGCUUUUAUGGCUAAAACUUGAUUAUCUGGCUAAGUCACAUAUAGAAACUCUUGAUUCUUUUUGAGGAUAAAGAGUUAACUGAUUGUCUCAUCUAAACACAAAGCUAACAAGCUGUAAAGUAGACAUAGGAGUAUCAUGUUUCUCUAGUGGAAUAGGAAGAUCUUCACACUAACUGAACAUUUCAGCAGAAGUUAGAUUUAGUUUUACAAUUAAAAGGUCAUUUGUUUUGCCGUUACUGUUGAUAGUUCCCAUUUUUUUUGUGUGCGAUGUUGCAGAAAUGUGAUUGAAUCGCUGCUAUUAGCACUGGUACUGCAAUACUACGACACGGUUACGAUAGGAAUUUUAAUGAUCUUACCCAAAUAGCAUUAAGUGUUUAUUAAUUUAUGGCUGUGUUGUUACAUUCUGAGUCAUUCUACUUUUAUCCAGUCCGUGUUUCAGUCUUUCCUCUCUCGACCACAGGUGUCCGAUUGCCUUACGAUGCCCCCCACCUUCACGUUUUGUUUCCCAGACUUUGAUCAUGUCACUGCUGUGCGAGUUAAUUUCACUGCACUAAAGAAAAUCACAGUAAUUUUACAUCAGUUUUAUUGAGGGGAAAAAUUUUGAAGCAUGUUGACCAAAAUGUUACAUCCGAUGCCAGAAAAGCUGCCAGAAUAAACACAAACUUUUUUUUUUUUUUCCUUCUUUCUUUUUAAAUGACGUAGCUUUUCGUUUCAUUUCAUCGCUGCAGCGGGUGCCUGAGUGUGAUUCGCACCGACACGGGUGCUCAGUCUGUGCACAUCAUUGUAAAAUACGGAUUAAACACUUUAUCA